AUGUCAGAUAGAGUCGACUGGUUACAAAGCCAAAAUGGAGUAUGCAAAGUUGAUGUUUAUUCGCCUGGAGACAACCACCCCCAGGACUGGAAAAUGGAAGCCUCAACUGAUCCCAUCAGAGUGCUGAGUUGGCUCCGCAAAGACCUGGAACAAAGUACUGCAGGAUUUCAAGAUACUAGGUUCAAGCCUGGAGAAUCAUCACUUGGUGGGGAAAUGGCUAACUCAGGAGACUCACGUAAGGGUUUCUCUGUGGACUACUACAACACCACCAACAGGGGCAAUCCAGGGAGAUUCCAUUUUGAGGUGACUCACAAAGAGAACCCUGGCCAGGGCUCCAGUGCCCGUGCUGGUAAUGAGAGCUCAAUAGAUGAAGUUUCCUUCUAUGCCAACCGCCUCACGAAUCUAGUCAUAGCCAUGGCCCGCAAGGAGAUCAAUGAGAAGAUUGAUGGUUCUGAAAACAAAUGUGUCCAUCAGUCAUUGUACAUGGGGAAUGAGCCCACGCCACCCAUCAAAAGCCUGAGUAAGGUGGCAUCAGAGCUGGUGAAUGAGACUGUCUCGGUAUGUGCCAAGAAUGCUGCCCCAGACAAAGCUCCUGGUUCUGGAGAUAGAGCCACAAGAUCAUCACAGAAUUCCCCAAGUAUAAAAUAUAAGAGCACUUUGAAGUUCAAAGAAUGCACCAGGGAAGGCAAGAGUCCAGAUGAUAAACCUGCUUCUAGAAAGUCCUUCUUCUAUAAGGAAGUGUUUGAAUCUUGUAACGCAGGUGAUGCCACCGAGGGUGGAAGGGUUUUACCUGGGGAGCGAAAGAUGUUCAGAGGACAGGAAAGACCCGAUGACUUUACAGCUUCCGUUAGCCAAGGGAUUAUGACCUAUGCUAACAGUGUGGUGUCCGAUAUGAUGAUCUCCAUCAUGAAGACACUGAGGAUCCAAGUGAAGGAUUCAACCAUUGCCACCAUCCUGCUCAAGAAGGUGCUGAUCAAGCACGCCAAAGAGGUAGUCUCAGAUCUCAUCGACUCCUUAAUGAAGAACCUCCACAAUGUCACAGGGACUCUCAUGAGUGAUACGGACUUUGUCUCAGCUGUGAAAAGAAGUCUCUUCUCCCAUGGAAGCCAGAAUGCCACAGAUAUCAUGGAUGCCAUGCUGGGCAAACUGUACACAGUGAUGUUUACCACGAAACCCCCCGAGGCCAUCAGGAAAGCCAAGGACAAGGCUGAGAGUUAUUCCCUCGUCUCCAUGAAAGGAUUGGUUGACCCUAAAAACCGGAAUGUAAACUUUGCAAAAAUGAAAUCUGAAGCCAAACUCAGGGAAAAAGUGUGCACUCCUGCAUUCAAAUCAGAGAAGGAGAAGACUUGUGCUGAAACUCUGGGUGAACACAUUAUAAAAGAGGGACUGACCUUGUGGCAUAAAAAUCAACAGAAAGAAUGUAAAUCUCCAGGUUUCCAGCAUGCAACAUUCACAGCUCCCAACAAACAGGGCAGGCCCAUACCAGACGUUCCCGAAGGAAUUUGCAACCUCAGCCCUCCAAUGUGUCACCCAGAGAAACCUGAGAAUUUUAUGUGUGAUUCAGACUCCUGGGCCAAAGACCUGAUCGUGUCUGCCCUACUUCUGAUUCAAUACCACCUGGCCCAGGGAGGAAGCAUGGAUGCACAGAGCUUCCUUGAAGCUGCUAGCAACACCAACUUGCCAGCCACCAAGUCCCCUACGGUUUCUGAUGAGUCCACCACUAAGUCUCCCCAGAUGCAAAGAAAAGAAGAAACAGAAAAGAAGGAUUUAAUGAGCAUCUUCUUCAAUUUUAUCCGGAAUUUACUUGGUGAAACUAUUUUCAAGAGUGACCAUAGCUGUGAACCCCAGGUUAAGGAAGAAGAUAGCAAUCCAUGUGAAAGACCCACCACACCUUCUCCUACCAAAGGAUGUGAAGGUGAUGAGGCUAUUGGUCCUUUGGCUGGGCUGACCAAGAUGGUUGCCAACCAGUUGGAUGGCCACAUGAAUGGGCAAAUGGUAGAACAUCUGAUGGACUCAGUGAUGAAGCUGUGUCUCAUUAUUGCCAAGUCCUGUGACUCCCCCUUGGCAGAGCUGGGAGAUGAUAAGUCUGGGGAUGCUAGCAGGCCAACUUCAGCCUUCCCAGAUAGUAUACAUGAGUGCUUACCAGUCAAGGGCACAGGGACUGCCAAGGCUCUCCUGCAGAAUGCCUAUCAAGCUAUCCACAAUGAAUUGAGAGGUCUAUCAGGACGUCCCCCAGAAGGAUGUAUGGCCCCCAAAGUGAUUGUCAGCAAUCACAACCUAUGUGAUACUGUUCAGAACAAGCAACUUCAAGCCGUCCUUCAAUGGGUAGCAGCCUCUGAGCUCAAUGUCCCUAUUUUGUACUUUGCUGGUGAUGAUGAAGGAAUCCAGGAGAAGCUCCUUCAGCUCUCGGCUGCUGCUGUGGACAAAGGCCGCAGCGUGGGUGAGGUUCUGCAGUCAGUGCUGCGCUACGAGAAGGAACGACAGCUGGACGAGGCGGUGGGGAAUGUUACACGGCUGCAGCUGCUGGACUGGCUGAUGGUGAACCUGUGA